AUGAGUUUCUUCUCGUUCGGUAAUCUGCCUGUCAUCCAGACCCGCAAGGCACUGCUGCUGCUCGACUUCCAGAACGACUUCGUCCGUCCGUCCGGUGCCCUCCAUGUCCCUAAUACUGCCGACAUCCUCGAGACCCUGCCACCUCUGGCCGUUGCCUUUCGCCGUGCGGGUGAUGUAGUGUGGGUGCGCUCGCAGUAUGCAUCUCCUCAGUCGCUCACCGACUGGAACUUUGGCGAUCGAAUUGUUCUGGAUAGGGAGCCGCAGAAGCGGAAGACCGCGCCCGCUUCGGACGUGAUCGAGGCAUCCUCCGACCGUGAUUCCCCAGAGCCCGUGGACGCGGAGGCCUUUCUUUCUGCUGGAUCAGCCACCUGCUGUGCUGCACAGACGACGGGGUUCCAAUUCCCGGCUCCUCUUCUCGCGGCCAUUGAUCCCGAGCGUGACACGGUAUUGGACAAAAUUGGCUAUUCGGCGUUGGAGUCAGAGGGCUUGGUGCUCUCCUUUCGCCAACGCUUUGUGACCGAGCUGUAUCUGUGUGGCUCUCUGUCUAACGUUUCCGUGUAUGCUACUGCGUUGGAUGCCGUCCGAAAUGGUUUCUCGGUCACCCUUAUCGAAGACUGUCUGGGUUACCGCGAUUUCCAGCGUCAUCAAGAGGCAAUGCGCCGCAUGGCGGAUAUUCUCGGUGCAACCGGUAGUACUGCUCAGGAGCUUGCCCAGGAACUAGACUGGGACGAGACAGAUGCCAUCGCCCGCGGCAGUGCCCCUCCGCCCCAGGAGUCGGCCGUCUCGGCGGAUAUCGAGAGUAUCAUCGACAGUUUAGGAUUCAAGACCGCCGACUCGAUCCCGGAGGAGACACCCGAUCGAGAAGAUUGCAGCCUCACGGAGCUCGUUUCUCAGACCCGGGCCCAGCGGGCCGCAGCCGCACGGGCUCCCGCCGAUGGAAAGAAGCAUGUUCGUGCACGAGUGCGACGUCCCAAACGUCGCGAACCAACCCCCGACCCAGCUUUGAGCAACGGUGGCAUUGGAGAAGGUGAUGCCCGCCUCAUUCCGGAUGUUGAUCUGCCUACUGACGCAUUUCAGCGCAUUCGGGUCGAAGUCUCUUGGCAGAAGAUGUAUCAUCUGUCGGGCCAGGUACCUCGUCUGGUGGCGGUGCAGGGCCAUAUUCAGCCUAACGGUGCCGUCCCAAUCUACCGACAUCCCGCAGACGAGUCUCCACCACUAAACCCAUUCACCCCUGCCGUAGACGAAGUGCGUCUUGCGGUGGAGCGAAUUCUGGGUCACCCAUUGAACCACGUGCUUAUUCAACUCUACCGAGACGGACAAGACAGCAUCUCCGAACACUCCGACAAAACUCUCGACAUCGUUCGCGGCUCUUUCAUUUGCAACGUUAGUCUGGGCGCUCAGCGUGUCAUGGUACUCCGCACUAAAUCCUCGGCCUGUGAAUCCAAAGAGGGCGCAGAAUCAGGGCGCGCUACCCAGCGUGUGGCACUCCCUCACCGGUCACUCUUCGUUCUCGGCGAGAAGACGAACAUGCGGUGGCUCCACGGCAUUCGGCCGGACAAGCGUCCCGACUCCACCAAAUCACCGGAGGAGGUAGCUUUCGGCGGCGAGCGUAUCUCACUUACUUUCCGAAACAUUGGAACCUUCAUCGACCCGGCUUCCAAUACAAUCUGGGGCCAAGGAGGUGUAGGCAAGACCCCGGACCUGGCUCGGCCUAUAGUCCACGGGGAUCCUGCAGAGAUUGAACGACUGAUCCGUUCAUUCGGGCAGGAAAAUCGUGAGACCGAGUUUGACUGGGACUCCGUUUACGGUGGUGGGUUCGACGUGGUGAACUUUGUCACUGCGUCCCCGACACGACUGGCCCUGAGCGGCGACCAGGUGGCUGAUUUGCGGGUGCUUCUGGCUCUCGGAGAGAAUGGAAUUCGAUACGAGGUUGUCGGAAGUCAUCAAGUGGACACCUACAAUGGAAACCCGACGGCACGCCCACUGUAUGUAGAUCCACAAGAAACGACUGUUGCCGGUGAUUUGGCCAUCUUGACACAUUUGGUGGAACGACCCGUGGAAACGUUUCGACCCGGUGUGGAUGUUUUGCGUGGCGGGAAUCACCUGGCGUGGAUUGAGGAGUUGCUUGCCUGUUGGCGCGAACAUCGCUCCGGUGACAAUGGUGUUCUUGAAACCAAACUGGAUCAUUGUGAGCACACCCUUGAAGGACAGUAUUAUCUCGGUGGCGCAAUCCUCAGCAUCGACGAUUGCUUGCUGUGGCCGGUACUGCGGGAGAUUGUGCAGACCCGAGGGGUAUUUGAUGCUCGAUUUGUGAAUUUGAAUCACUACUACCAGCGAGUUGAGAAACGAGGCAUUGUGCGGAGCAUUCUGGAGACUCGCUGA